GAUGUUGAAAAUCAAGAGGAGCUCGAUUCUGUGACCUUAAGUCAAUCAAUAUUUGAAAUUGAUGGACUUACCAUCGAAUUUCCCAAGAUGGGACUUCGAAUGCCACGGGAGGCUUACCUUGCCAUCGAAAAUACAUCAAAAAUUCCAACAGUCUUCAAUCUCCAACUUGAAAAUUUUCCUGCUAAAUGUGAUGAAAGUUGGGAUACUUUGAAAUGCCAAGAUGAAGAUUGGCGAAUGCAGAACAUUCAAACUUAUGGUAGAAUUUCGCCUUACUAUGUCCAAUUGACCCUUUUAGAAUUCUGUCGACGGUUGCUGAAAAAUGAUAAAACCGCAGCAAUUCUGAUCGAAAAAGGAUCAAGUAAAUUCACUCUCACUGCUUAUGAGCACAAAAUUAUUCGACUGAUUUGCUGCGCUGAUAUUUUUGGAGAAUUUCAUGAUACGCUCACAGUUAUUGCAGAACCUCUUCAGGAAUACUACGGGGGACCCAAAUCCCUAGUUGCUAAGUUAUCAGUUAUCGCUCGGGUAUUUGGGAGCCCAGUUGAAUUUCUUGCCGCAACUAAAUCGAUUAACAAGAUGCUAUUUAACCAGUGUUUGAAAGAUCCAGAAAAUGAUUCGGAGUUCUACGAUCUUGUGCUUUCGUCAAUUCCUGCAAGAGAGCUUCUGGUAAAUCUUGGAACUAUUUCAGCACUUGAUGAAGCAAAAAAACGCGAAGUAAAAUUGAGAAAUAACUCAGGAUGCACUGUCAACGUUGAUUGGCAUCUCUAUGAAAAAGACAGUGAAGAAAAAUGUGAUAAAUUCCUCGACCUCUGUGCCCAUAUCAAUGAACCCGAUUUCGCCAGCAUAAAAGAACUCGCAUUAACAGAUGCCUGCACAGAUUCGAAAGUACAAAUUUCCCUUCUUCUUCGACCUCAUGAGGGUUAUUUGAUUUCAAGGUCGCCUGGCACAUGCGGAAGGCUGAUCGAAAAGAAGGUUGAAAAUAGGCAUGGAAUUACGUUAUCUCCAAUGCAUAUCGAAAUUCUUCCCCAUGCAGAAGCCUCUGUAUUUAUCAGCAUUAAUACAAAAUAUGCAAAUGUGGUAGAGGAGGCAAGUAUUGAAGCCUAUGCCCAGGGAUUUGUUUCAAUCAAAAAUGAAUUACGGAAUGUCAAUUUCCCCGAUUCUUUGUUAUGUCCUCAAAUACGUCUUAAUUUGAAGGCCAAAUUGAUGAUCUUCACACCACCAAAUUAG